GCCGUCGCACCGCGGCCGCCUCCAGGUGCUGCUGCCGGCGCCCAGCGCCUACCCGGAAGUGGAGUCACGUGACCCGGACGGAGGAUCACCUGACCUGGAGGAAGAGUCACGUGACCCAGGCCCGGCCCUCUGCGUCACCUUUGACCCCUGGGGAUCCCGGCUGGCCGUGGGGCAUCAUGGGGGAGUCAGCGCCGUGCAUCGGGCGCCAUGGGGCUCCGCCCCCCAGCUCUGCCUUUCCAGCGGACCAAUCACGUGCCUGGCCUGGGUGGGCGGGACGGUGCUGGCGGGGGCGGGGCCUGACGGCGCCCUAUGGGGAUGGGAGCUGCCCGGCCCCGCCCACCUCAAGCCCCGCCUACUCUGGGAUCGGCCAGUGGGGAGAGGCGAGGUGCUGGCGAUGUCGGCCACAGCCAAUGGGAUCGCGGUCAGCACGGAGGACGGGGCGCUGCUGCUGUUCCCCCUGCAGGCCCUGCUGCCCCACAGCUCUAUGGGGCCAGAGGGGGGGGGCCACCUUCUGUACCCCCACCUCGGCCCCACGGCAGCUCUCAGCUUCUGCCCCACGGAGACUCGGCUGGCGACGGGGGGCCGGGAUCGGGCCGUGGCGGUGUGGGGCGCAUCGGGCGCCGCUAUGGGGCAGCAGCUGCAGCGAUGGGAGAACGCCCACAGGGAGUGGGUCUGCGCUGUGGGGUGGGCAGGAGGCCUGCUGCUCUCCGGCUCAGCAGACGGGACGCUGCUGCUGUGGGACGUCGCUGUGGGGCAGCGGCUGCGGGAACUUGUGGGGCUGCAGGGCCCCCCCUGUGCUGUGGGGGGACACGGCCGCUGGCUGCUGGCUGUGGGGCGCUGUGGGUCGCUGUGGGUCUGGAGUCGCUGCGGCCGCCCCCAAAGCCGCCAUCGCUGCCAUCCUGGCUGCCCCACAUCGGCCUCCAUCGCCCCCCGAGGGGCGCCGAGAGCCGCGGUGGCGGUGAGUGGGAGCGACGGGAGCACCGGGGUUUGGCACCCGACCGAGGUGAUUAAUUAG